AUGGGCCAACUACAACUCGACGAAGAACUGGGAAAAGGAAACUAUGGCACUGUCAAAAAGGUUCUUCAUAAACCCACAAACGUGGCCAUGGCGAUGAAGGAAAUUCGUCUCGAGCUUGAAGAUGCAAAGCUAAACGCUAUCAUCAUGGAACUCGACGUCCUUCAUCGGGCUGUUGCACCUGAAAUCGUCGAAUUUUACGGUGCUUUCUUUAUCGAAUCAUGUGUUUACUAUUGCAUGGAGUACAUGGAUGCCGGCUCCCUGGAUAAACUUCAGGGAGCAGGCGUUCCAGAAGGUGUACUUGGUCGCAUCGCUGGCAGUAUGGUUCGCGGGCUUAAAUUUCUCAAGGACGACCUCAAUAUCAUUCAUCGAGGCAAAAUUAGAUUCAACAGAAAAGGGGAGAUCAAACUAUGCGAUUUUGGCAUAUCAGGCGAACUCGACAAGUCCCUGGCAAAGACGAACAUUGGCUGUCAGAGUUAUAUGGCGCCGGAACGAAUCAAAGGAGAAUCACAGAACAACCUCGGGACAUACACCGUCUCAUCGGACGUAUGGUCUCUUGGCCUAUCAAUGAUCGAGAUUGGGCUUGGACAAUACCCCUACCCACCCGAAACAUACUCCAAUGUGUUCGCUCAAUUGACGGCGAUCGUACAUGGGGAUCCCCCGGAGUUGCCAGAAGAAAAGUACUCGGAGCAAGCGCGGGAUUGGGUCGCCCAAUGUCUCAGGAAAGAUCCAGAACGAAGGGCGAGUUAUCGUGAGCUACUGGACCACCCAUUCCUCGUCGAAAACUCAAAGAUCGAGGUGGAUAUGGUUGGAUGGGUUGAGAGGGCUCUAGAAUAUCGAAAAAAGGCGUCGACCCCGACUCCAGUGCCGCCAUUACCGCAAUCAGUGUGA